AGUCUGUGUCGCUGUAAGUUGUGUUUUUAUCCGCUUGACAACACGCCCAGCGGAAUGAUGCCAUGUUGCGUAUCUUCACCCCAUGCAUGCGUCUAAAAACACAAGAUUAAGGUUAAAAGGCAGGUAGUGAGUGAAAAAGUCAUUGAAAUUGUGGGGGAUUCUGUGGACUAGGUGUAAUUUACGCGGCUGUGGUCGUAUAAUGCGGCACGUGGAUCAGAAUAUCGAAUAUAUGUGAGGUACCGACAUUAAUAGAUAGGUGUUAACUUAUUAUUUAUGACGUUUUCGGUGUUCACCUGGUGGCGUGAAUAACGUAAAAGUUCGUAAACUAUUGUUGGUUUGUUGUUCGAGAUAGUGCAUCGACGAAGUACUGAUUCAAUGCGUAUUGCACGCACAUUUGUUGUUAUUUUGCUUGUGUGCUUUUGACCCGAACGGGAAACGAGUGUGAUAGCAAUUUGAAACGAAACGAGGUCGAUUCCAUUCUGUAGACUAGGGGUGUCCGCAUUUAUAUGUACUACUUUUCUUUGUGUAAAUGUGAAUUUCUGAUCAUCUUAAAGUUAUUUUCGUACUGAAUGAUAAACUGACAUCUGACAGUUGGUUGAGUCAUUAAUUUUUGGUCAUCUUUUUCGAUCUAUGGGAUUGACAGAACGCCACUUUGGUAUCUUCGUCGCGGUAACUGUUUGUUAUCGCUCUGUCUCACUCGCGGUUAUAGGGCGGAAGUACCAGUGGCUGUAGGAGCAUCAGCAUCAACGUUUGGCCUUGGAUCGACUCAACGAGGUUACUGGCCUCAAUCAUGCUGGAUUGUUUACCCGGUGACAGCAUGGGAAGCGUACUUUUCUGAGGUGUUUUAAAUCUUCAUCGUUCUGUUUGUUCAAAGUUCUACGGUCUAUGGUGUCGCCCAUGGCGUGGCACAAACAUGACCACUUGAUGUCUAUGGAUAAAAAUAAACAAAAAAUGGCUUCAAGUGGAGGUGGAGGCGGAGGAGGUGGGGGUGGCAACGAAACAAUGGUCAGGCGACACGUACCCCUUUAUGGCAGAUUGGUAGCUGAAGACAUCCUCACAUCUUCCCAGAUUUCAAAUUCCUCGGUAGACAUUCAGGCCAUGCAGGCGAGAAUCCCAAAUACCUUCAGAGAUUCUUCUGCUGCACCCCUCAGGAAACUCAGUGUGGACCUCAUCAAAACCUACAAACAUAUAAAUGAAGUUUACUAUGCAAAGAAGAAACGACGAGCUACUCAAACACAGAGCGAAGACAUUUCUCAUAAGAAGGAGAAGAAAGUUUUUAAUGACGGUUAUGAUGACGAUAAUCACGAUUAUAUAGUCAGAAAUGGUGAAAAGUUCCUGGAUAGAUACGAAAUAGAUUCUCUUAUAGGAAAAGGCUCAUUUGGGCAAGUGGUGAAGGCUUAUGACCACGUAGAACAGUGUCACGUAGCUAUAAAGAUAAUAAAAAAUAAAAAAGCAUUUCUCAAUCAAGCUCAGAUAGAGGUUAAGUUAUUGGAAAUGAUGAACAAGGCGGAUCUCGACAACAAAUAUUAUAUAGUGCGUUUGAAAAGACACUUUAUGUGGCGGAACCACUUGUGUUUAGUUUUCGAGUUAUUAUCAUUCAAUCUAUACGACCUAUUGAGGAACACAAAUUUCCGGGGUGUGUCGCUGAAUUUAACGCGAAAGUUCGCACUGCAACUUUGCACGGCCCUCAUGUUCCUGUCGACGCCCGAACUCAACAUCAUCCACUGCGACCUGAAACCCGAGAAUAUUCUCUUGUGCAACUCGAAGAGGUCAGCAAUUAAAAUUGUCGAUUUCGGUAGUUCUUGCCAACUAGGACAAAGGAUAUAUCAGUAUAUCCAAAGUCGCUUUUAUAGAUCGCCAGAAGUACUCCUAGGUAUACCGUAUGACUUGGCAAUAGAUAUGUGGUCGUUAGGCUGUAUAUUAGUAGAAAUGCACACUGGAGAACCAUUGUUUAGUGGAGCAAACGAGGUAGAUCAGAUGAACAAAAUCAUAGAAGUUUUGGGAAUGCCGCCAAAGCAUCUAUUAGACCAGGCCGAGAAAACGAAGAAAUACUUCGACAAAUUGCCAGGAGAUGGGAGGUAUGUUCUCAAGAAACCUCGAGAUGGAAAAAAAUACAAAUUUCCUGGUACUAGGAGGUUGCAUGAUAUUUUAGGUGUUGAAACAGGCGGACCUGGUGGUAGGCGUGUGGGCGAGUUUGGCCAUUCCAUGUCUGAUUAUCUUAAAUUCAAAGAUCUUAUUUUGCAUAUGCUUGAUUAUGACCCCAAAACGAGAAUAACACCAUUUUACGCGUUACAACAUAAUUUUUUUAAGAGUACGAAAGAAAAAGGUACGACAACGCCGAACAGUUCCAGUUCCAGUCCGGCUGUAGUCUCGAUGGACAUGACUUUGAUGAAUAAUUCUAAUAGCACGCACGGGUUAAACUUAAUUGGUCGACCACGGGAACCUGUAAACUACAAUUUUCAGUCCACCAGUUACACGACAAUGGACUGUGAUUCAUCCCCUGCGCGACUCGUGCAUUCUCAUCGAUACCCUGCUAAUAUCAUGAACUACGGGCCUCCAUCUUUACCUUUUGGUACCUUUAUGUCGGAUAGCAAUCCGAUGUUGAAACAUCCAACGGCAGGUUCAAACGGUCAUAUGGCUAUGGGUCCUAAUGGUACUCAUAACACACCAUUGAGGCAGCAGGUAGAUCCAAAUGAGAGUUCCUCAGUUGGCGUUUGUUUGCAGCAGAGUCCGGUUGUGAUACAUUAAUGAUAAAAACGUUUUUAUAGCUGCUAAGGAAAAGUGAUAGUUUUAUUUAACAUGUGAUCUGAUCAUUAAAUUGAAGACAGUGAUAGCAUUUAGGUGCACAAACGUUCCUUGUCGGGCGGAAGAAGCAAUCAACUGAAAUGUAAUAUUUAUUGAUCCUCAAAUAAUGACUGCAGUGCGAUGAAAAUCUGGAAUGUGGUGAAACAACAGACUUGGGGCUCUUUCAUUAAUUAAUUAAUGUGCUGAAAUUAAUUUUUGUGAUGAAUAUUCUCAAUUUACAUUUUUCAUUUCCUUGAUAAAAUUAAAAUAUCAAUUUUUUUUUGGAGGAAUGAACCUAAAAUUGGUUUGAAUAUUAAACUAUGAAAAUAUGUGAACUGGUUAGAGGACGAUCCACAUCAAAUUGUCCUGUUGGUUCUAUCCAGUAUGACAAUAUGAGUAGGCUUAUCUACUACUUUCCCAAGAAUGCUUAGAUAAUAUGUUUUUUCUUGAAAUUUUAUAGACGCUAAUCGUACAGUACUAAAAAUUUUUAUUUUUCGAAAUUUUGUUAUUUCUUCCUGUCGCAUAAAAAAAAGAAUAUAGAGGAUAAUGAAAAAGUAAGUUGAAGAAUAUUCUUUGAAUAUUAGUGAAUUCUAAACAUACCAGUGAACAAGCAUACUAUGUUUAAUCUCUAUUCAAACAUAACAUAUGUCAAGAAAUUAUUUCGAUCAUACUGAUUUCCCACUAUUUAUUUGUCUGUAUGAAUUAUUUAUUGAAAUUAUUCUUUUUAAAGAAAGGGCUCUGUUGUGGUUACAUUUGAAUGUUAAAAGAAUAUCAUGUUAUAGGCAUAUAAGUUGCAAACAUUAAUAAUUUAUAGCUAGUAUUUAAAGAAAGAGUAAUAUAGCAGAAUAAUCACAUGAUGUAUACAUGUUUCCUAUGAUUUUGACUAUUCAUUGUCAAAUAUGGCUCUGGUUUUGGAUAGGCAUAAGUUCAAACAGUGUUUGACCUUAGAGUUAUUUUCAUUUUGCUCAAAUUUUCAACAAAAACGGCCUAAGGGUUUCAGUGUUAUGAUUUUAAUAAUGACUAUUCCCACAGUGGCUGAUGAAAGUGAUUCAUUUUAAAUUUAAUUAGAACAUUUUUUUGUUGUGUUAAUAUUUAAAAUUUCGUUUAAAAUAUUGUUAAAUAUAUGGGUAGUUGGAUAUAUUCUGCACUUAUUCCAUCAUUAUGUCUAACAUCUUCAGAUUGACAUUUCUCCUUGAAACAACUUAAGGAGAGAUCAUAUUUGACGUAUUCGCCAUGGUAUUUAAUUAAUGUUGACGUUAUGUCAAAAAUGGGGGUUACAUAGAUGGCAUGUUACUUGGUAGUACAUAACUUCAGAAUAUUUAAUCUUAUGAUUUGUAACUCUGAAAACCGACAUCAGUAUAAAUGAAAAGAUGGUUCACCUCACUUAAAGAAUUCAUUGCACAAACUACUUGACAGUUUAAGUCUUGCCCUAUUCAAUAAUUUUAUUUCUAAUUCAUAUUUCAUGUAUAAUCAGAAGAGUUAUGUUUGAAAUUUUAUUUAUUUUUUUGUUAUUGUUGUAAUAAUACCUGUUAUUGUAUCCUCAAUUUUAUUUUUAUUGUUCAAAAAAGUUUAACAAUUUUUUAAAGGAAAUAUCUCUGCAUUUCUAGUGGGGUGAACUGAGGUUUAUUAUUCCGAGGAAAUAUAGAAAAUGAAAUAUUAUUUCCUUGAAUGAAUCCCUUUUGUAAAUAAUUUCGAUAUUAAACUUUUUUGUAUAUAUUAUAUUUUGAUCGAAAUGUAAAUUGAUAUUUUAUUGAAUGGUUUUUUAUUAUUUAUUUUGAGAAUAAGGUUAUUUUGAAGUAUUAGAAAAAGUUUUGAAAAUUUGUUUACCAGUGAAGAGCUAAUCAAAUAAAAAAAACCCAUAUUUUUUUAAAUGUAGGGUUUUUGUUGGAAGAAUUGUUUAUGUUUUAUUUACUCUUAAGGUGUAGAUUAACCUAAGAAGCAUCUGUGAUUUUCAUCUCAAUGGAGACAAUAUUUGCAUUUGUAUAUUAUACUGCCAUAUAAGUUAUAAGCACGCUAAAAUAAUGCAAUAAAAACAGGAAUUUCACAAAUAUUUCUGAUCCAAAAGUAUUCUUCGUAUGAUGAUUGAUUGCUUCUGGAACUCAUUGUCGAGCAAAA